GCAAUAAAAGCCCAACAAAAAAAAUAUUGCGUUAACGCAUUAUUAUUGCAUUAACUUUGACAGUCCUAAUCAUUUUAUUAUUAUUAUUAUUAGUAGUAGCAGUAGUAGUAUUUGUGUGCUGUUUAUGGAGGAUGAAAACAUGCUGCCCAGGCCCCUAGAAAUACUAGCUCUGGCCCUGGAUGAAGUGACUCUGAUGCUUCUCUUCUUCUUCUCUGGAUCACAAACCUGCAGCGACGUCAUUUGCUCUAAAAAAAAUGACAAAAUAAAUGCUUUCACUAAACUGUUGACUCCUUGAUGGCCACAUGGGGGCCUCUGUGUCCUCUCUUCCUCCUCCUAAACCUCCAAACCUCUCUCCUCAUUUCAAGCCUUUGCCAAAUCCCCUCCUCCCUCCUCCUCUCUCCUCCUCCUCCUCCUCCUCUCUGCCUGCCAGUAGCUCCUCUCAGGCCGCGUAGGGGAGCAUUCACACCCCGCUGUCUGCGUUUAGCGGAUGGGGCUCUCAGCAGCUUGAGCCUGGAGGAAGAGGAGGAGGAGGAGAAAGAUGAUGAACGGUAACCCGUGGUGUGGUGCCCGCAGGCUGCUGGCCCGGCGCUCCAAGUCCGCCCUGCUGGUCGCCGCUCUGGCCGUGCUGCUGGUCCAGACUCUCAUCGUGUGGAACUUCAGCAGCCUGGACUCUGCCUCUGCAGGCGGGGACGGAGGCGCCAGGAGCCGGGAGAAGAGAGAGGAGCCGGCAGAGAGGGAGCGACCGAGGAGGGGGCUGCAGAGGAAGGGAGACCCGCCGCCACCGCUGCUCGGGAAGACGGCCAGUCGGCACAAGCUGCAGGCGGAUUACCAUUCCCACCGGCCCAAAGAGAAACUUCGCCUGGACAGCAACAACAACGAGAACUCGGUCCCUAAAGACUUUGACACCAUCGACAGCAACAGCAACCUGGGAGCUCGAUCUCAACGCCAGCGAGUGCAGGUCGCAAACGCCAAACGCAAGCUGGACAAGGCCCAAGCACAGAGCAUGCUGGGAAAAUCUGCUAACGAGGUCCUCAAGCACCCUCCCGUCCAACCCAGAGGGGUGGGACACAAUCACAACCGCACCCACGUUCGUAAACCCCACCCUGAGGUGCCAACGCUCCCAGCACCGGUCCAGGGGUCCAAUCAAGAUCCACCGCUGUACCAGGCGAAGAAGUCGGACACGCCACUGCCGCCCGGUUUGGAGCCGAGGAAGGAGCAGCCGCAGUGUGAGAUCAGCGGGAAGGAAGCCAUUUCUGCUCUGUCCAGAGCCAAGAGCCGCGAGUGUCGGCAGCAGAUAGUGGAGGUCUACUGCAAACACAAAGACAGAGCGCUGAUGCCCGAGAAAGUGCCUCGCUACUGCCCCAUAGAAGGUAAGGCUAAUGUGAAUGUACAGUGGGAUGAGGAGCCCUCAGAUGCUGCCCAGCUUGUGCCGGCACGGAUCGCCUUCGUCCUGGUCGUCCACGGCCGAGCCUCGCGUCAGUUCCAGCGUCUCUUCAAAGCCAUCUACCACACCUCGAACUACUACUACAUCCAUGUAGACCAGCGGUCCAACUACCUCUACAGGGAGGUCCUGUCUCUGGUCGGCCAGUAUCCCAACGUCCGGUUGACUCCCUGGAGGAUGUCCACCAUCUGGGGCGGGGCCAGCCUGUUGACGAUGUAUCUACGCAGCAUGGAGGACCUUCUCAAAAUGUCUGACUGGUCCUGGGACUUCUUCAUCAACCUCAGCGCCGCGGACUACCCCAUCAGGACCAAUGAACAGCUGGUGGCUUUCCUGUCCAAAUACCGCAACAUGAACUUCAUCAAGUCUCACGGCAGAGACAACGCACGUUUCAUCCGUAAACAGGGUCUGGACCGUCUCUUCUACGAGUGUGACACCCACAUGUGGCGUCUCGGGGACCGCAAGAUCCCAGAGGGCAUUGCGGUAGACGGAGGCUCCGAUUGGUUCCUGCUCAACCGGCCCUUUGUGGACUAUGUGGUGAACUCCCGAGACAAGCUGGUCAGCAGCAUGAAGCGCUUCUACGCCUACACACUGCUGCCUGCUGAGUCAUUCUUUCACACCGUGCUGGAGAACAGCGCCCACUGUGAAACCAUGGUGGACAACAACCUGAGGCUCACCAACUGGAACCGCAAACUGGGAUGUAAAUGCCAGUACAAGCAUAUUGUGGACUGGUGUGGCUGCUCACCCAACGACUUCAAGCCCUCGGAUCUGCCGCGCUUCCAGCAAGCGUCCAGACCCACUUUCUUUGCCAGAAAGUUUGAGGCCAGCGUCAGUCAGGAGAUCAUCAACCAGCUGGACUCCUACCUGUUUGGAUCGUAUGCCUCAGGCACCCCGGGCCUCCAGGCCUACUGGGAAAACGUCUAUGAACAGGAGACGGACGGCCCUGCCAGCCUACCGGACUCUACGCUCAGCCACUACCACGCCUUCGCUCGUAUGGGACUGUCACGCGCCGCCAGUUCGCUGCAGGGCCAUCCCAAUGACAACAGCUGCAGAUUCAUAGCCAUGAACCACCCAGUGUCGGUCCACCUCUACUUCCUCUCAGACCAGUUCCAGGGUUACCUGGUGAGUCACGUGGCCACUAACCGAGCCUCCACCCAGCUGGAGAGCCUGGAGACCUGGGUGACAGCCAAAGACCACUUCACCCUGGCCAGUCCCACCCAACCCACCAACAGGCUGCAACAUGUCCAGGUUGGGGCAGACUGGGAUCCUAAGGAGCGUCUCUUCAGGAACUGGGGUGGCCUGCUGGGGCCCAAGGACGAGCCGGUGGCCGUGCAGCGCUGGAGUCGAAGCCAGAGCAACUUGACGGCCACUGUGGUGUGGAUCGACCCCACCAACGUCAUCGCCGCCACUUACGACAUCCUGGUGGACGCCUCCGCUGAGGUCACCCACUAUAGGCCACCGCUCACCCCGCCCCUGAGGCCCGGCUUGUGGACGCUGAGGGUGCUGCACCACUGGAACCCGUUGGGUCAGACCAGCUUCAUCGUGGCUCCGAUCGAGUUCCACCGACAGCAGCCCUUACAGCAAGACGAUGCUUUGCGGUUGCACGGCGGCCCAGACAGAAACUCCUACAUGGAGCAGAGUUUCCACGGAUUGAACCCGGUGCUGCGGCUGCCGGUGAGCCUGGGCGCCGUUGAGGAGGCCGAGGCCAACUCUGGCCUGACUGGGGCACCGCUGCGUCGCUGGAUUGACCGACUGCUGGAGGGCCACUGGUCGGCCUCAGACGUCUGCUCGAUGGGACCCAGCGUCUGUCCCGUCAUGCAGCGCUGUCGUCUCACCGGCUGGAGCUCCGCCAGCCCCGACACCAAGUCUGAACUGAACCCGCCCAGAGGGGAUGGACGGAUCAGGUAGCAGACGGACGGACUGAGGGAGGACAAGAGGAACAAAUGAAGGAAGGCAUUGGGCUGAUGUCCUGUUUGUGUCUGAUAUUUAUUUAUUUAAAGUUUGUGUAAAGUUAAAGUGAAAGGAAAUGGAUGAAUCAAACUUUGGAGGCAGCGACGGGAAGAAGAACAAACUCAAACGCUGAGGAAAAAAAUCUUCUCCUUCAGUCCUCAUUCAGUCUGCUGCUCUCACGGUUGUUUGGGACAACAAAGCUGUGUGUGCGCGUGUGUGUGUGUGUGUGUGUGCGUGUGUGCGUGUGUGCGUGCUUUGAAGCGGUGUGUGAGAAGAACUCUAUACCUCUUGUUGUGAGUGUUUCCCUUGGUCAAAGUAUGCAAGUGUGUUUUACAUGCCCAGAUGCUGAAAACAGAUGUGGUUGCUCAUUCUUAGGCCCGUUAUUGAGAAAAACUUUGAUCAAGGCUUUCCUGAGAUAAAUUAAGUUUUUAUAAUGAUCACAUUUAUUUUAUUUCAGACUGUUAUCCCGAGAUUACAAUUUAAUUUAAAGGUUUAAAUAUUUGAAUGCAACUUCCUAUGAAACGAAAACUGAUAAAAAAAUAAAAACAUUUAAAUGCCCAGGAAAAGGUUUUAAAAAACAAAAUUAGUUUUUUCUGUGCCGCAAUUGUCACCGUGUACAAUUGUUCCCUGAAAAAAAUCCUCAAAAAGUAUUUCUUGAAGAUCAAACUUAUCUUAAGAUACUAAAUUGAGAUUACAACUUUCUGUGUAGGCUUAGAGGAACGACCUAAAACAUGAAUACAGGAGUCGAUAAUUUAGGUCAUUGAGAGAAUGCCACACUUAAAUCUUGGGAUAACAGGCCUGAAACACUUAAUAGGAACAAUAUUUGUUUUCUUGAGAUAACAAGAUACUUCAGCUGUGAUCCAGAGGUAAUGAGUCUAAAAAAGCCAUCAUCAACUAUAGACGUUCUCAUACAGAGCCAGGUAGGUGUCGGGGGAAAUUCUGAUAAAUUAUUCCCUCAAAAUUGCUGAUUUGUGCGCAAAAUAUAUUUAUUUUUUUCUUUAAUUUGGUUGGCCUCUUGUCGGAUGUUUAAAAUGUGCAAAACAGAGACCACAGUUCACAUUUCCUCUCCAACUACAGUCAGUGUUUGUUACUUUUAACCAAACUACCAGUGGUGGAAUAAGAACUCAGAUCCUUUACUUUAAGUAAAUGUAGUUAUACAACAUAAAGAAAACAUUACAAGUAAGAGUUCUGCAUUCAAACCUUUACAUUAAGUUGAACUACAGAAGUAAAGUGCAAAUUUUGUAGAAUGGUCCCUUUUAGUGUGUCUUGGUGGAAACAGCAUGUUAAUGUGUAGUUGGUUGAGGUGGAGCUAAUUUUAACUACUUUAUAUACUUUUGGAUUGUUUAAUCUAUAAAAAUGAGUCAUAUUUUAUAAAUUGCUGUUGUAUUUUUAUGUAAAAUAUGAAAAGUAACCAGUAACUAUAGCUGUCAGAUGGAGUGAAGUAAAAAAGUACAAUAUUUGUUGUCAAGGUACUUUAGACUUGUACUUGAGUAAAGGUACUCGGUUUCUUUUCACCACUCGCAAACUACGUGUAAAGAACUUGUUGAAAGUUUUCUCCCCUGACACUGAGCGGCUCUGUAUUCUGGUGUGUUUGUUUGCCUGAGACGUCCGCUAUGCUGGAACUCAGAACAGAUUCACCUCCUCCUCUUAUAUUUUACACACUUUUUGAAUCUGCUCUUUUUGCUGUAGAAACUGAUGUGACUGUGUCAAAGCGAACAACUGCUACUAAUUUAUUCAUAAGUUUAUAUAAAACACUUUUUUUUUUUUUUAGUCAGUGACUAAUAUUUGAUAUGCUGAUAUUUGCAGCAGGUGAGAUUUGUUUUUUGGACAAAAACAUCUGCCUUUGUUUCUAAAGGCCUUCAAGUGUUUGUCAGGACUGAUGUUUGUGUCGGUCAGUUUUGGGUGGCUAACUGGCCUCCUCUCCUCACUGCCCUUUCACUCAUCUGCUCUCAUUUCAAACUACUUUACAGCUUUACAGUGCUAAAGUACAGUUACAUAUUUUGUAUUAAUUUUUGGAUGUUUUGAUUGGACAUUUGUGGGGCUGUCCGUAACACUUACUAUAUUGUGUAUUGAUCUGCAAGACGUCAAAAAUAAAAUAUAGUAAAAGUUAGCAGAGCACAAGUUGGGCCUUAAAAAACACAUUUUGUCCUCUCUAUAAUGUCUGAGCACUGAUUAAACGUAUUUAAUUUAUAAUAUGAAAAUAAAUAAAAGCAGCAAAUUUUCAUAUUUAAGAAGUUUUAAACAGCAAAUAAGCUUAUUACUUUAAUUUUCUGUGAUACUAAUCAGCAGAUUGUGUCAUGGCGAGACAUUUCAAAAGGUUUAAAAAAAUGUUAAUGAUACAGCACCGGUGAUUUAAUAUAUCUGCAUUAAUUUCAGAUGGGAAUAACAAGAACAGGUUGAUGGGUAAAAGCAUCAUGUUUUUAUAUUAAUCUAAUUUUAACCAGAUUUCCUUCCAUACUAAAUAUUACUUACACGUGGAUCAAAUAUUUCAUCUAACCGUCCAGUGAGUGGAGUUUGGACGUAGCAGGUGAGGAGAGGAGGAGGCCACCCAACACAUUUAGAUGCACCUUUAGAUUUCCAUGCUGCUCAGUGAUGGACAUUGUGCCAAGACAUAAAAUAUUCAUACCAAGUGUGGGUUGCACCAGUGAGGAUAUAAAGGUUACACUGUGUGGUCUGUAUGACCAGUGAUGCUUAAGAGGCUGAUGUAAACAAAAACAAGGCUUUGCGAAUGUUUUAUGAGGUAGGACGUUGAUUUAACAUGUUAAUAAUUCACACUGAGAUUUUAGUGAGAAACACUGAACAUAAACAAUACUGUUAAUUCACUAUAACAACUCAACUUCAUGUCUAAAAUCAGUGCAACAGUUUUACCUCACCCUACACAGAUGUUGCUCGUAUGUCCAAAAUGUGAUACAGUGUCAAACAUAACAUUUAUAUAUUUGCACUUUACAAUUGAAAUGGUGCAAGGUAAUCUCAAACUAACAAAUCCCAAUCCAUGCUGGUGCAAUCCAUCCUCAGUUAGCUAUAUUGUUUGUGACUAAAUUAAUAUAUUAAUGAUUUUUAAUAAAUUAUUUUAGUGUGUGUACUGUAGUUGCCAUAUGACAAUAUUAUUGGGACCAAAACUGGAGAGCAGUCGGGGUUUUUCUAACCACGAGGGUGAAGCUCAGAAUGAGCUGUUGUUCUCUAACAGUCCGCACUUAAAGGACAUGAACAGUGCGUCAUAUUUAUUCUAGAAAAGAUUGUGACUAUAUAUAACUUAUUAUUUGAAAUGAUGGACGCAUGGGGCAGAUGUUACCAGAUGUUUCGGUUGUGGAUCAGCACAGUGUCAGUGGGUUUGACCCUGAAAGAGCCAUUCUCUGUUAAGAUGUACAAACAAUACAGCAGUGCACAGGACCAAAACAUGCAGAGAGCAUCAGUAAUAUACUGCCACCAAGUUUAGGAUUAUACAGAACGCAAGUCAGGGUAUGUUUCAACUGUUUGAUUUCAGAAUUUAAGAAAUGACUUGUAGACAUCCUGAAGUUGUUAUGUAAAAGAUACACAACUGUCACAGUACUUUCACCUGUAAGGGAAUAUAUUAGGAACGAAAAUGUCGGGGAAUACUGGCAAUAACGUGUUAACGAGUUACUGAAAAUAUGAUCUACAGCUGUUACGCAUGUCAUGUCCAAACAAACAUAAACCGAAAAUAUCAUUGAAUUGCUAAACAUACUGUAUCCUGUAAAUAACAGUGAGCCCCGAGUAGCUGUUCGGCAGGUUUUGCGUUAUGAACUAAAUACUAUGAUGUAUUUAUGAACCAUUUUAUCGCAGAAUUAAAUCUAUAUUUAGUCAGGUAUUUCAAUACGGUGAGCUCUUAUUUUGAUAUGUGGUGUGAGGGAUUAAGAAGAUGUUCUCCACACAGACAUGAAAAUCUAAUAAUCAGCUCCUAUUUUGGUUUCUUCGCUGUAAAUCAAACAAUGGGAAAUCAAGUUAUUGUUAUGCUGAAAUCAAACGAUUAAACCCUGACCAGGUACAAAACUCUACUAUUUAAAUUUAGUAAAACAUGUUUUAGUUACGAUUUAAUCAGUUCAGUUGGUUUAAAGUUUGCAUUAUUAAAUUUCAUACCAAUAUCUAUAUUUUAAAUAGAUUUUUCUUUGACAGAUCGAUGCAUUAAUCACUCUUAUUAUAAAGUUUAAAUAUUUAUUAUUACAGCUUGGGCAGCCCGCAGCUUUCAUAAUUUUAACGAUACAUACAGUAUUUUUUUUUUCAAUAUUUUUACAUGUCAGCUGUCAUUUUGGCAUAAUGUCAGUCUCAAAGAAAGUCCUGAACAAAAUCACAACAAAUUUUAUUUUCGGUUCUUGCUUGUUGUUGAUUUGAAAAUUAAGAGCCAUUUUAUGUCCGAUAUGUAUUUUUCAUAUGACGAGUGAGUCGAUGUUAAAUGACGUUUUUAAGUUAAUGACAUAGAAAGGUCCGGCUCUCUGGACGCAGUGAUGUGAUGGUGGUGCCACAGAAGUCUGUGACAGAUGUGACUGUUUAAAUUUAAAGAGGCUUUUUAGAGAUUUUGAUGAUGUGAAAAAUGUUGAUAAAGUCUUCAAAAUCUGGAGGAAAUCCCAGCUGAGAGGUUUGUUCUGCCUCACACUUUACUGCUGUUUCUUUUAUAACCAGUAGGCUACCAACAUAUUUUUUUCAGUGCCAUUUCUGUCUAAUUGCCUGUUUGUGUUGUUAUUGUCUUGCUUUUCUUCAUUGUUCUCUCUCUCUCUCUAUCAUUCUCUCUCUCUCUCUCUCUCUCUCUCUCUCUCUCUCUCUGUGGGAGUAGUGCUGUGCCUUAGCUGUACUCCUGUUUUAGGAAAUCCUCUCUGAAAACAUCAAAAUGUCCCAAAAGCCAAAAAAAGAAGAAAGAAUUGUUGUGAAUGCCUUAUAAAUGACCUUAGCGGUUUUGAAGUACAAUUUUUGAAAAUAAAAGUGAAUCUCCCUUUA